AACCCUCCCAGUCGAGUGUCGAAACCCUCUGAGCGCGCGGUGCGAUACCUUUGUCUGUCUUCCAACAACACACAGAUAACUCGCAAUCAUGGCUGUUGGAAAGAACAAGCGCCUAUCUAAGGGUAAGAAGGGUAUCAAGAAGCGCACAGUCGACCCCUUCACUCGCAAGGACGAGUACUCUGUGAAGGCUCCUUCCACCUUCCAGACCCGCGAUGUCGGCAAGACUCUGGUCAACCGCACCAGCGGUCUGAAGAACGCCAACGACUCCCUCAAGGGCCGUAUCUUCGAGGUCUCCCUCGCCGACCUUCAGAACGAUGAGGACCACGCCUUCCGCAAGGUCAAGCUCCGCGUCGACGAGAUCCAGGGCAAGAACUGCCUGACCAACUUCCACGGUCUCGACUUCACCACCGACAAGCUCCGUUCCCUUGUCCGCAAGUGGCAGUCCCUGAUUGAGGCCAACAUCACCGUGAAGACCACUGACGACUACCUCCUCCGCUUGUUCGCCAUUGCCUUCACCAAGAGACGCCCCAACCAGAUCAAGAAGACCACCUACGCCCGCUCGUCUCAGAUCCGUGCCAUCCGCAAGAAGAUGACCGAGAUCAUUCAGCGCGAGGCUUCCACCUGCACUCUGUCUCAGCUCACCCACAAGCUCAUCCCCGAGGUUAUUGGACGUGAGAUCGAGAAGUCCACCCAGGGCAUCUACCCCCUGCAGAAUGUCCACAUUCGCAAGGUUAAGCUCCUCAAGUCGCCCAAGUUCGACCUCGGUGCUCUCUUGGCUCUGCACGGAGAGUCCGCGACUGACGACAAGGGACAGAAGGUUGAGCGGGAGUUCAAGGAGACCGUCCUCGAGAAUGUUUAA